AUGAAUGGUACCGACAUCUCCGCGUUUGCUACGCGUCAGCUCUCACUGCUGGACGCCGAGCUACAGGCGGAGUUGGCGGAGACACAGCUGCUGACCUCGACCCAUGCGCCCACGACACUCCAACGCGCCGGCCUCGCGCUUCUCAAUCUCACAGUUGUCUCGCAACGCACCGGUCUAGGAGGCAAGACGCUGCUCGAGCUUGGAAUAGAUGCCGCCGUUUCUACGGGCGGAGAACUGCCUGAGCAUGGCUUGCGUGUCGGCGACAUCUGCGGCGUGGCCGAGCAACCAAAGGGAGCUGAGAGGAAGAAAGAGCGAGAAGGGAUGGAGAAGCGAGGCGUCGAGGGCGUAGUUACAAGAACAAACAAGACGUCGGUGACUGUAGCGCUGGACAGGGAGGACGCGGAUAUACCCAAUGGCAAGCUCUGGCUGUAUGUUCGCCCAGCAGAAUGGUAAGUCCUCUCACAAGCUAAUACAAGCGGGCCUCUGUAGUGUGAAGCUCGCCAACCAUGUCACGUACAAGCGUCUCAAUCAGACCAUGACCAAGCUGCAGAAGAUGCAAUCAUCUGAGCACAGUUCUCUUACCCAAGUUCUCUUUGGUCAAGCAUCUCCUACGCCUAUUCCUGAGUCAGAUCUCAAUCAGCAUGUGCCUUGGCACGAUGCCAGCCUCAACGAUAGUCAGAAAGAGGCCAUCAAGUUCGCACUGGCGAGUCGGGAGAUAGCCCUCAUACAUGGGCCUCCGGGUACCGGAAAGACACAUACGCUGAUCGAGUUGAUCCUGCAGCUUCUGAAGCAAAAGCUGCGCAUUCUCGUCUGCGGACCCAGCAAUAUCAGUGUGGACAACAUUGUCGAGAGGCUUGCUCCGCACAAGGUGACCAUGGUGCGGCUUGGCCAUCCGGCACGACUGCUACCCACGGUGCUCAACCACAGCAUGGAGGUGUUGACGAGAGCAAGCGACGCGGCGGCUAUUGUCAGCGAUAUUCGCUCGGAGAUGGAUGCGAAACAGGCGUCAAUCCGGAAGACUCGUAACGGUCGCGAACGUAAAGCCAUCUAUGGCGAGCUCAAGGAGCUGCGCAAAGAACUCAGGCAGCGCGAAGCUCGUGUCGUCGGUGACUUGCUGCGAGGCAGCAACGUCGUUUUGGCAACGCUUCAUGGUGCGGGCGGAUACCAACUGCAAGACCAACUCUUCGACGUCGUGAUCAUUGAUGAAGCAAGCCAAGCACUCGAAGCCCAGUGUUGGAUACCUGUGCUCAACAGCGGUGCAUCUCGCCUGGUAUUGGCAGGCGACCAUCUCCAGUUGCCGCCCACCAUCAAGUCUUCCAACUCCAAAUCCAGUAAGAAAUUUCUCAACGGUACCGCCCACGACGAAUCGAAUCAAGCGACAGACGAUAGUGCCGGAAAGCCGAAAGACAAGAAGACGAGUGUGAGCAGCGGGAAGAGAGAUGCCGACUCCGUCAAACUCGAAACCACCCUCUUCGACCGACUGCUGUCGCUCCACGGCGACAAGAUCAAACGCAUGCUGACGACGCAGUACCGAAUGCACGAGAAGAUUAUGCGAUUUCCGUCUCAGGCUCUGUACGAAGACAAGCUACUGGCUGCAGAAGCCGUCCGAACGAGAUUGCUCAAGGAUUUGCCAUAUGACGUUCAAGAAACAGAGGAUACGUCGGAGCCGCUGGUUUUCAUCGACACGCAGGGUGGAGAAUUCCCCGAGAAGGCGGAAGAUGAAGAGGAUGCGAAGACCCACAAGUCUGGACUGCUAGCGGAGAGCAAAGUCAACGAUCUGGAAGCCUCGAUUGUCCAAAAGCACGUUGCAGCCCUUGUCGAUGCGGGUGUAAAGGCCGAGGAUAUCGCGAUUGUCACUCCGUACAACGGACAACUGGCGCUACUAUCACAGAUGCUGAAGGAGCGCUUCCCUGGGCUCGAACUUGGCAGUGUAGACGGGUUCCAGGGCCGCGAGAAAGAAGCAGUCAUUGUGAGCCUGGUGCGCAGCAAUGCAGCGCGUGAGGUAGGAUUCUUGGGAGAAAAGCGUCGGUUGAAUGGUAUUCCUUCAAGCACUACGAUAUCAAAGGGCGAACGGUUGACUGACUUCUCGACAGUUGCAAUGACUCGGCCCAAACGACAUCUAUGCAUCAUUGGUGACUCGGAGACAAUCAGUAGGUGAGUGAAUGUUGUAGCCUUGGCCUCUGCCUCUGCCUCUUGCCCUGCCACUUGCCAAGAACUUGUCGUGAGGCUGGUCUGGCCGUGUGGUUCGCAGACGGCAGUGGUUUAGCAUACGGUGCCAACGAGCGAUUGCAUUCUGGUGCAUGUAUGCGUUGCUGAGAUUAGGUGCGUAACCUUGCUAACCUACAGCUGUCAGAGGAUCAAAGUUCCUCCAGGAUUGGAUGAAGUUUCUCGAGGAUCAAGCAGAUUUGCGCUAUCCAGACCCGUCCGAGGUUUCUGGAUAG